CGUCGCGCUCAGCCAAUGCGAAGACCCGCGGCUAGGUCACGUGCCGCUGUUUGGCGCUUUUGUGCGCGCCCAGGUCUGUUGGUGCUCAGAGUGUGGCCAGGCGACUCGGAGCGAGCAGGUGGGUGCUGGCUUGUCUCCGGCUGCAGAGACGGCGGGGUAGGGACCAGCCUGGAAGGCGGCGGGCAGCCAGCGGGGGACACUGGAGGGGCGGGAGCCCUGAGACCUGGCGGGCAGGGGGCGUUCGCCUUUUGUGGCUCUCCUUACCAGUGGAUUGUGGAGGGUGCACGGCCAGUCUCUUGUCUUCUGUUCGAAAUGGCAUCUUCUGAUAUUCAGGUGAAGGAACUGGAGAAGCGUGCUUCAGGCCAGGCUUUUGAGCUGAUUCUCAGCCCUCGGUCGAAAGAAUCCGUUCCCGAUUUUCCCCUUUCCCCCCCAAAGAAGAAGGACCUUUCCCUGGAGGAAAUCCAGAAGAAAUUAGAAGCUGCAGAAGAAAGACGCAAGUCUCAUGAAGCGGAAGUCCUAAAGCAGCUCGCUGAAAAACGGGAGCACGAGAAGGAAGUGCUUCAGAAAGCCAUUGAGGAGAACAACAACUUCAGCAAAAUGGCAGAGGAGAAACUGACCCACAAAAUGGAAGCUAACAAAGAGAACCGGGAGGCGCAGAUGGCUGCCAAGCUGGAGCGUUUGCGAGAGAAGGACAAGCACGUUGAAGAGGUGCGGAAGAACAAAGAAUCCAAAGACCCUGCGGAUGAGACCGAGGCUGACUAAUUUGUUCUGAGAACUGACUUUCUCCCCGACCCCUUCCUAAAUAUCCAAAGACUGUACUGGCCAGUGUCAUUUACUUUUUCCCUCCUGACAAAUAUUCUAGAAGCUGAUGUAGGACCAUAUAGGUAGAUCCAGACCGUGAGAUGUUUUAGGGGCUCAAGGGGAGAAACUGAAAGUGUUUUACUCUUUUUUAAAGUGUUGGUCUUUCUAACGUAGCUAUUUUUCUCGUUGCAUCUUUUCCACUUCCGCACACUUGGUGUGCUGGAUUAAUGGCUAGUACUGUAUUGACUCUGUGGAAGACGUUUGUGAAGAGUAUGUAGUGGCUUCUUCCAACCUGUUAGAUGCUGAAUAUCUGUUCACUUUGCGAUCCCAAUUCUGUCCCAACCUUAUCAGAUGCUACUGUACUUGAAUGGUUAAUAAACUGCACAGUGCUGUUGUG